GCCAGCAGCGGAGAGAGUGUAGAGACGUGAACAGAGACACAGAGGACUGUCCCGUCCCCAAUAAAACAACACUGACGUGGGAUAAACUCAAACGCGUCCGUGUGUUUCGACAGGUUUGCUCCAUCGUUGUUGUUUUGAUAACAGGAGGCAAGGAUGGCAAUGCAAAUGGGUGAGCUUGACAGUGGCACGGUGAAGGUGACAGAGUGGCAGCGGACAAUGUAUGGUGUAGACUCGGGCAUUCAGUCUGGAGCCACCACAGUCAGAGAUGACGACGGUGAUUUCACCACCUCCAAGCACUACACCAUGACCACCACCGUCACAACGGAACAGCCUGACUUGGAUGCCCAGUACACUAUGACCAGAGCCCAGCGGGUGCGGGCUGCGAUAUUCCCAGAGACGCUGGAAGAAGGCACAACCAUCUUGUCUACUCAGACAGACUCGACCCAGAUGACCAACGUCCAGCGGCUGGCCGAGCCCUCCCAGAUGCUGAAGACCGCCAUCAUCCAUCUGAUCAACUACCAGGACGACGCCGAGCUGGCCACACGUGCCGUGCCCGAGCUCACCAAGCUGCUCAACGAUGAAGACCAGGUGGUGGUCAGCAAGGCAGCACAGAUUGUCAACCAGCUGACACGCAAAGAGGCAUCACGCCGCGCACUGAUGCAGUCCCCUCAGAUGGUGGCAGCCGUGGUGCGGGCCAUGCAGAACACAAGUGACAUGGAGACCGCACGCGCCACAGCCAGCAUCCUCCACAACCUGUCCCACCAGAGAGAGGGCCUGCUCUCCAUCUUCAAGUCCGGAGGCAUCCCUGCUCUAGUCCGCAUGCUCAGUUCUCCCAUGGAGUCUGUGCUCUUCUAUGCCAUCACCACGCUCCACAACCUGCUGCUGCACCAGGAGGGAGCUAAGAUGGCCGUGCGUCUGGCCGACGGCCUGCAGAGGAUGGUUCCCCUGCUGAAGAAAAGCAACCCCAAGUUCCUGGCCAUCACCACAGACUGUCUGCAGCUGCUGUCCUAUGGCAACCAGGAGAGCAAGCUGAUCAUCCUUGCCAACGGGGGUCCUGAGGGUCUGGUUCACAUCAUGAGAAACUACAACUAUGAGAAGCUGCUGUGGACCACAAGCCGUGUGCUCAAAGUCCUCUCUGUGUGCCCCAGCAACAAGCCUGCCAUUGUAGAAGCUGGUGGGAUGCAGGCUCUGGGUAAACACCUCACAGGCUCCAGCCAGCGUCUGAUGCAGAACUGCCUGUGGACGCUCAGGAACCUGUCUGAUGCUGCCACCAAGCAGGAGGGUAUGGACAGCCUGCUGCAGGUGCUGGUGGGCCUGCUCAGUUCAGAUGACAUCAACAUGCUCACUUGUGCCACGGGCAUCCUCUCUAACCUCACAUGCAACAACGCCCACAAUAAAACUCUGGUCACCCAGAGCAAUGGUGUCGAGGCUCUGAUCCACGCCAUAUUGCGUGCCGGUGAGAAAGAGGAUGUGACCGAACCUGCUGUUUGCGCUCUGCGCCACCUGACAUCGCGCCACCAGCAGGCUGAGCUGGCGCAGAAUGCUGUGAGGACACACUACGGCAUCCCCGCCAUCGUCAAGCUGCUCAACCAACCCCACUACUGGCCUGUCAUCAAGGCUGUGGUUGGCCUGAUCCGUAACCUGGCCCUGUGCCCAGAUAACCAGGCUCCUCUCAGGGACGCAGGAGCGAUCCCCCGUCUCACCAACCUGCUGCUCAAAGCCCACCAGGACGCCCAGAAACAUGGCUCAUCUGCCCAGCAGACAUACCAGGAUGGAGUGAGGAUGGAGGAGAUUGUGGAGGGCUGCACAGGAGCUCUGCACAUCCUGGCCAGAGAUCCCAUCAACAGAGCAGAGAUUGCCAACCUGCAGACCAUUCCUCUGUUUGUGCAGUUGCUCUACUCUCCAGUGGACAACGUGAAGCGUGUGGCGGCAGGUGUCCUGUGCGAGCUGGCCCUGGACAAACAAUCAGCUGAGGUCAUCGACAGCGAGGGAGCGUCGGCUCCACUGAUGGAGCUGCUGCACUCCAACAACGAGGGCAUUGCUACAUACGCUGCAGCCGUGCUCUUCCGCAUCUCUGAGGAUAAGAACCCAGACUACAAGAAGCGUGUGUCUGUGGAGCUCACACACUCUCUGUUUAAACACGACCCCGCUGCCUGGGAGAUGGCCCACAACGGUGUCCCCAUGGACGCACACUAUCCAGAUGAGCUGGAUGUUGGUUUCCAAGGAUACGGAGCAUAUGCAGGUGAUAUGCCCUUGGACGUCGUUGAUGGAAAUUUGAUGCAUGAUGAUUACGCAAUGACCUACGACAGACAACAGUUCCCUUAUUAAAGACCCAGAAGAGGAAGAGAAGAGGAGGCAGAGGCGCUGUAGUGAUGCCUAAUGGGACAAAGAAGAAGAGCAUACAGUCGUCUGUGGAGAUUAUUCCCUCUGCUCUCAGCCUGAUGUAAUAUAUGCAAUUAUCACCGAGUACAGGACUCAUAAUCUUAACAGGGCUCAACUUUGUUUUAUAGCCUAAUUUUACUGAUUAUAAUUAUGACAAUGAUGAUGCUUGUAGGUUUCUGUUAGAGAACCUUCUAAGAGUGUGUGCAUGUGAGUAUGUGUGUGUGUGUUUGUGCUUUUGGGUGGGUAUUCUAUGCCAAAGAGAUUUUAUUUUGUGAUGAUAAUCGUGUAGCUUCCUUCUUUUCUUUUUUUUUUUUUUUUUUUUUUUUUUAAGAAAAAGAAACAAAAAAAAGAGAAUAAUAGUUGAAAACACUGCCAGAGGUGGCUCAACGUGCACGGUGCACCUGCUCACCGCUCGCUCUUUCUUAACGCCUUUGUAACAGACACUGCUGUCUAUGCUGUAGUUUUGACACUAUAUACCGUCAAGUUUCUCCCGCUGUGACCCAAGAGUCGGUGAAGAGUUAGUUAACACGGACUCGUUCUUCCUCUCGGCACUAAUUCAGUAGGAGCGAACAAACGGAGAGAUGUGGAGGUCUUUGACAGACCUUUGAGAGAGAAGUGUAGGGCCCCCCCCCCCCGACUCUUAUGGAAUCAGCUGACGUGGAUUAUUAGGAGUGUAGGUGAACAAGAUGGUUGUUUGUUUAUUUUUAUGAACUGUUUCUCAUCUUUUCUAAGUUAUUCACUGGGAAAGGUUCACAUUACCUGACAUUACCAGGAUAUUAACAGAUUCCUUUGAUUAGAAAACUGAGCUUCGAGAGAAAAAUCGUAUGUGACUAUAGUAAUUUGCAGGAAAACAACAGUGUGGGUAAAGCAGUUUUACAGAGUUGUUCAACAGAUUGACUAAGUCAUUAGUCAACACACGAGAUGAUGUAGUUGGGGACGGCCCUACAGCUAGAGCAAACUACUGACAGGGAAAUUUGUCUUUCUACUUAAUAAGAGUUUUUACUGAAAUUUGUUUAAUAAAGAUAAAGGAUAUAUUAAACAUA